CCUAUGGACUGUCUGGAGAUUAUGGACCAGGGACAAAGGAUAUCGGGUAUCUUUAGGAUCUAUCCAUGGAACAACUCCACAUAUAAAGAUGUCCUGUGUGAUAUGGAUACUAUGGGAGGCGGAUGGACAGUUUUUCAAAAGCGGAUUGAUGGAUCUGUGUCGUUUUCCAGGAAUUGGACAGAAUAUCAGCAUGGAUUUGGGAAUGUGUCUGCUGAAUAUUGGUUAGGAAAUGAUGCAUUAAAUGCAUUAACGCUGAACUCAUCUUCCCUGUACGUUAAAUUACAACAUGCAAAUGGAAACCAUUACUUCCAGUAUUACUCGGACUUCCGGAUCAGUGGCGCUGAUGAUGACUACAGAUUAUAUCUGGGAUCUUCCUCUAACGGAACGGCAGGUGACAGACUGACGUAUAACAACAACCAAACGUUUAAGACUCCGGAUCACUCUCUAAGAACAGGAUGUUUCCGUUUGUACACAGAGGGAGGAUGGUGGUUCCGUAACUGUCACUGGGCCUAUUUAAAUGGAGUGUAUGGGUCAGGAAAAUGGGUCAAUCCAUGGGAUGGAGUUAUAGAAUAUGGCACAGACUUUCGUUCAUCCCGAAUGAUGACUAGAAGACUCAUCUAGUCAAAGAUUUUAAUGAGGAGAUGUAGCAUCUCAUAAUAUGUAUGUUUUUAUUAAAAGUGUGUGUUCUUUAUAUAGAUAAAUAGCAUUAAAUAUUUUUUUUCCUAAAAUACAUCAGACACAAUAAUAUAUCAAUGAACUGUUAGGUUUCAUUUAAGAGUACAGCUCGUUCAAAUAAAGAUCCAUUCUCUGUAAUGAGUUGAACUUAUAUAGGAGACGAGGCACGCAUAGUCCAUCUGUCCAAGAAUUUCUCCAACUUUUCUAUGAUAAAAAUCUGUGAUACCAAAAACUUAUA